AUGAAAGCUGCCGUCGUAAAAGACUUCAACGAAGGAUACGAAGUCUGCGAAGUCGACGUCCCUCAGCCAGCAAAUCCAACAUCGCCGUUGUGGACUGAGUCGGAUCAAUCGACACAUACGGCUUCUGCGGCUCCUGCAAUCCAUGCAAGAACCAGGGGCAGCAGCUCUGCGAGAAGCGGGUUGAUCCUCGAGUCAACUCCGUAUGACGAGGUGGCACCUCCUUUCUGCCCUGGGGCGACUGUCUACGGCGCGCUUCUUGCUUCUGGUGUCAAGAGAGGGGAGUGGAUUGCUCUCGGCGGAUUGGGAUAUCUUGGCGUUCAGUAUGACCAGACGAGGGGGGCUAAGGUGGUUGCGAUUUAG